AUGGCUGCACCGCACUUGGGUGCACACUUCGCGUCUGUGAACUGCUCGACUGUUUCGCGGCUCCAAGGAUCGUCGCGCGAUGGCGACACAAAGUCUUCCACUUCCUCCGUGCGCGACAGACUCCGUAAGCUCGGCAAGAAAGCUCUCGAGUGGGCCAAUACGCAUCUCCAUCCUAUAUCGAUCCGCGACCGUGCGAGAGCGAGACGGCAUGCGGAACAGAUGCACACGGAAAAUCGAACGAGCAAUUCCUUCCAUCAAAUUCCGGUCGAACUGAUAUGGGAGAUCGCAGAGUGUCUCGGGGGCGUGGACAUGCUCUCUCUCAGCGCAACAAGUCGAUACUUCCGCGCGGCACGGAAAACGACACCAUCUACGCGUUCGUGUUCCGAACUUGCAGCUGCCCGACGAGCCUUCCACGAGAGGAUGGUCGAGGACUGGAGGAUUCAACAAGCGAAGUGGGAGGAAGGGCAGGAUACCGCGACCUUGAAAACGCUACUUUGCAACGCAUGUUACACUCGACACGCACAGUUGACGUUCACACGCGAAGCACGCGUCGCAUCUCCUUAUAUCCGGACCUGUUUUGGUACGUCAGGGGAAUUGCGUGUUUGCUCGCAUCGGACCCUCAACUUCCACCAAAUGAAAAAGCUCAGACAGCAGCGAUUGCGUGGAUACAUUUGCGAGCUUCACACUGACGAGGGUCCGAGCUUGGCGUACCUCAUCACUGGGCCGCUAGACUCUGUAGUGAUCUUGCACAGAAUAGCUCGAGGAUCCCAGUACGGCCCAAUCCCCUGCGAACAAGUCCGUCGGGUUGUCAAUUCAAUGGCCGAGUACCUUUGCCCGCACCUGCGGGCUUCCACGGAGGAAAUCUUCACUAUCCUUCGACGGCAGGCAUUUGGGCUAAGGGCCUGGCUGGAGCUACCCGCUGGCGCUUUUCGUGGGUUGGAGGAGCGGACCACGAAUGAUUCUCCCUGGCCGUUUAGCGGCUUGUGGGAUAGCAAAACAAAGUGCCCGCGCAAGCAUUGCCAUACUGGAGUCAAAAUUUGGAGUGGCAAGCGAGAUCAUGCAGUCUUUGUUUCAGUUUGUCGGAAGCUGGGGCCCUUGGAUUCCCCGAUGGAGAAGUCGUGGAUUGCUCAGUUGGAAGCCGCCCUUUGA